AUGAGGAGCCUGUUGUGGGCUGGCUGCAGCUGGCUGCUGCCCCGGGGAGCCGGGAUCCACACUCCCAGGAUCUCUGCCGCGACCACCCCACAUUUGUCCCCAGCUCCUCUGCCCACCUCUGGCUCCUCACCCAGCGUGUCUGUGGGGCUCCUUGGUUCCCCAGCCCCUCAACGCUGGGCCUCCCAGCUCAACGUGCCCCCCAGUGCCCUCUCGGUGGCCCGGCCAGUUGGGAUCUGCUCCAUGAUGAAACUGCCCAUCCAGGCAUCAGCGGAGGGGCUGGACGCGGCUUUCGUCGGCGUCCCCCUGGACACGGGCACGUCCAACCGCCCGGGAGCCAGGUUCGGCCCACGCCAGCUGCGCGCGGAGUCGGUGAUGCUGCGGAGGUUCAACGGNAGCAGCGGCGCCGCGCCCUUCGCCUCCCUGCGGGUGGCUGACCUGGGGGACGUCCACGUCAACCUCUACAACCUGCCCGACAGCUGCCGCCUCAUCCGACAGGCCUACCAGCAGAUCCUGGCCUCUGGCUCCCUGCCCCUCACCCUGGGUGGAGAUCACACCAUAACAUACCCCAUCCUCCAGGCCGUGGCUGGAAAGCACGGUCCCGUGGGACUGGUGCAUGUGGAUGCUCACACUGACACUGGAGACACAGCCCUGGGGGAGAAGAUCUACCACGGGACCCCAUUCCGGCGCUGUGUGGAGGAGGGGCUGCUGGACUGCAGCAGGGUGCUCCAGGUUGGCCUCCGAGGCUCCUCCUACGACCCCGACCCGUACCAGUACAGCCGGGAACAGGGUUUCCGGGUGGUCCCAGCUGAAGAGUGCUGGGGGAAGUCCCUGGUGCCCCUGAUGGAGGAGGUGAGGAGGCAGAUGGGGGACAGGCCUGUCUACAUCUCCUUUGACAUCGACGGCCUGGACCCCGCGUACGCGCCGGGCACCGGGACGCCUGAGAUUGCCGGGCUGACACCUGCACAGGGUUUGGAGAUUAUCCGUGGCUGCCAAGGACUGAACAUAGUGGGGUGUGACCUGGUAGAAGUGGCACCAAUGUACGAUGUCUCUGGUAACACAGCCCUCCUGGGGGCAAACCUGCUGUUUGAGAUGCUGUGUGUCCUCCCUGGAGUGAAGACAAUGUGA